AUGGUUGUUCUUAAAGUAUCCCCUGGAGACUUCUCGAACUUUAAUAUAGCUGAUGUGAUUAUCAAAAAACUCCAUGCCAGAAAUAUUUCUGAACUAUUUCCUGUGCAAUUCAAAACAUACGAGACCAUAUCUUCGGGGAGAGACGCAGUUGUGUUAGCGAGAACCGGGACGGGGAAGACAUUAGCAUUUUCCUUACCACUAGUCAAUUCACUCAUAAAAGGGAAGGGUUCUCGCCCAUCUACUCCUGUGGUCCUUGUACUAGCUCCAACACGAGAACUAGUGACCCAAAUUGCUACAGAUUUCGAGUCGAUUUGUGUUCAUGGCAUUAAAGUGACGUCAGUUUACGGAGGGGUCCCUUAUAAACCACAAUGUGAUGCCCUUCGCCAGGGUACUCAUAUUGUAGUUGGUGCUCCUGGUCGAGUUAUGGACUUGAUGGAAAAAGGCGUUCUAAAGUUAUCAAGCGUUCGGCAUGUUGUCCUAGAUGAGGUGGACCGUAUGCUGGAUAUGGGUUUCAGUAAAGAUGUGGAAAGUAUUUUGUCGGAAAUAUAUAAUAGCGAAAAUCCUGAAAAACCUCAAACUCUUCUGUUCUCUGCUACUAUGCCUUCAUGGGUUUCAGAGAUAUCAAAAAGUUAUCUUUCAGAUGAUGCCUUACACUUGUCUUUAAUAGAUGAACAAGAAACAAAGACUUCCGUCAAUGUCACACAUUUAGCUCUCCUGUGCCCUUAUGAAUCACGUGCAGCUACAUUAUCAGAUGUCAUAAAAGUUUAUUGCAAGAGUCGAGAGUCAAGAUGCAUCGUGUUUUGUGAACGCAAAAAGGACGCAGACGAGUUAUCUGCAAGUGAUGCUAUGUCAGCUGAUUGUCAUGUUCUUCAUGGAAGUGUUCCACAAGAAAAACGAGAGUUAGUUCUCCAAAAAUUCCGUGACGGUAAAUACAGGACGCUACUGACAACUAACGUGGCUGCUCGUGGUCUAGAUGUUCCAAACGUAGAUUUAGUAAUACAGUGCCAUCCUCCACGGGAUAUUGAAGACUAUAUCCACCGCUCCGGUCGAACUGGUCGAGCCGAUCGUAGUGGCACUUCCAUCUGUUUUUAUACUUACAAGGAGCGUGGUAUGCUUUCCAGGAUUGAAAACAUGGCGGGUAUAACCUUUCGCCGCAUAUCUGCACCUACUAUUAACGACAUCACUGCUGCUUGGGGUGAAGAAAUUUCAAAAACACUUUCCAAUGUAUCCAAAUCUACUUGGUCCACAUUUGUACCUUUGGCCUUAUCCAUCGCUAACCAGUUUGCACAGAACUCAAAAACUGGGAAAGUGAAAAAAGAUUCUUGUGACGACUUGGGGGUUGAUGGUAAGACAUCUGAUCGCAAGCCUAAAUCUAAAGACAUACUUCAUGCUCUUUGUUGUGCAUUAGCAUGCCUGAGUGGCAAAGAAGGUGCAGUUGAAAGUCGCUCAGCACUCACAGCACAGAUAGGAAAGACAGCCUAUAAACUUGAGUUGAAUUUUGUUGCUCGAAGCAAGGGACUAGCCUUCGCUACCUUACGAACCCACUUACCGGAAAACAUUGUAAACAGUAUUCAAAGUCUAAGUUUCAUUCGUGGGAAAAUGGGAUACGUGUUCGAUCUGCCUUCAGAGCAUGAUGAAUUUGUCAAGUCAACAUGGCCAAAUGAUGCACAAGCUAAACUUUCACUACUUUCUGAAAUCCCAGAAUUAGAAGAGGAAGACUUUUUCAAUCAAGGUCGUUCAGGAAAUUAUGGAUCCUGGCAAAGUCGAUUCAACGGCGGUUCGAGACAGUCAUUUAAACGUGCCUAUAAUAAUGGUACUUUCAAUAGUUCAUUCAGAAAUUCAAAGUCUUUUAAAUUUGAUAACAGUUGA